AGUGGUGAGUUCUCACAUCUUUGCAAGAGAGUGAUGAUCGCCGAAGCCGAGACCAAAGACAUGAUGGAAGAGAUACAAUCGCAGAAGAAAGAAGAGGAUGAGGAUGAGGAAGAAGGUCCUCCUCCGGGAUGGGAAUCUACAGUUCUUCCUCCUCCUCCUUCUCCUCCGAUCUCCGCCGUCACCACCGCCACCGCCGCCGAAAUUUCCGAGAUGGCGCAAAUGGUGUGUGGAUCUUGCAGGCGUUUACUUUCGUAUCCCCGAGGAACCAAACACGUCAAGUGUUCCUGUUGUCAGACUGUUAAUCUCGUUCUUGAAGCUUACCAGGUUGGUCAGGUGAAGUGUAGCAAUUGCGAACUUCUCUUGAUGUAUCCUUAUGGAGCUCCAUCUGUCAGAUGUUCCUCCUGCAAAUCUGUCACAGACAUCAGAGAAGACAACAAACGACCUCCAUGGUCUGUGCUGCAAGGACCGCUCAAAACUUUCAGCAGUGUCCGGUGAGGAGACUAAGCUUAAACCGUGUUUUUUUGGCCCAAAUGUGAAUCAGUUUAAUGACAAAACUUGUCAUAAUGUUAAAAGGAUAAAUGAAACAAAUGUCAUCUUCAAUAAUCAUUAGAUUACCAUUCUUUCAAA